CCUUUUUCUCCUUCAUUCGAAACCUAAAGUCUCACGAGUCCGUGGACACGAUCUGCAAAGGAGAGCGUAGACGAAACCCUCGUCGUCACUCUCAUCGGGCGAUGAGCAAAUCAUCAUACUCAUGGCCGGCGAUGCUCGCCGGAGUCCUCUCCGUAUCCUCCCGCGUCGUCUCCGAUCACUCCCGCCACUUUCUCGCCCUCUCUGUCCUUUUCCUCCUCCCACUCUCUUUCAUCAUCAUCGCUUCCCCCUCCCUCCUCCCCAUCCUCAUGCACCACCACCAAUUCCUCCCUCCUCAAUCCCUACUCCGAGAUGCACCUCUCUCAUCAACCUCCCCCGAUUUCACCAGAACCCUAAUUCUCGCCUCAGCCGCCGCCGCUCUCUUCCUGCCAAUCGCCUCUGCCGGCGCAGCCGCCGUCACACGCAGCGUCAUUGAUGGAUUCUACGGAAGACCGGUUAAGAUUCUCCCCAACCUUAGAUCGCUCCACAUCCCCGUUCUUCACCUACUUGCUACCGUUCUGUCCGGCUUUCUUAUCUUCUCCGCUAUUGUCGCGCUUAUUGUCUCUCUUUGUCUCCUCCUUCUUUUUAUCCUCUCAAUCCUUGAUGUUGAAUCUGGCUCAGUCCCCCCAUACAGCUUCGCGGCCGGGAUUGCCGCCAUCACAAUCGCUCGAUUCCAGUUAGAAUGGUGCCUUGCCGGCGUGGUCUCCGUGAUGGAGUCCACCUGGGGGUUUGCUCCGCUGAAAAGGAGUGGUGAAUUGAUCGAUGGGAUGCGGCUGGCGGCGAUCUGCCUUUGGGUAGUUUUUGGGGCGGGAAUUGGAUUUACGUUGUGGGGGCUUGGGCUCUGGGAGAUUCCUAGCGGUGGGAGUUGGUACGACGUGAUGCCGGUGGUGGGGAAGACUGUGUUAGGUUCUGCCUUGACGUCUCUACUGCUUUUGUACAUUAUUGUGACGCACGCGGCACUGUACUUGUACUGCAAGGCGGUGCAUGGGGAGCUUCUGGGGGAGAUAGUGGAAGAGUUUGCUUCCGAAUAUGUUACUUUACCGUUUGACGAUAACAGGGUGCCUCAUGUUGUUUCUGUGGUUUUGCGGUAAAAUUAAGGAGGUUGCCGUUUAUGAUGGCGGCUCAUUCAAAUUUGAUGAACUUUCUUUUUGUUGUUUAGUUUUUUAUGUUUGUCUGUAUGGAUGUGUGAUGGGUUUGUAAAUUUCUCUUGAGUCAAAUUUGUGUGCUAAAAUUGCAUAUAUGGUGGGCGGCUUCUGUACAAAAAAUGUUCAUGCUUCAGCAUGGGCAGUGCCUGCUAAUGCUCUUUUCAAACUACUGCUUUGUUAUAUUUUGUUUCUGUAAAUCCAUAUCUUGUUGGAACAUUACUGUUUUUUUAUAGGGUGAGACUACUGUGGAGGUGUGAUAUGAUUAUUUGGCUUUUUGGUU